AUGAACGGCUUGAUCGACAGAAUGUCAGGAGACGAGGAGAGUAUUGCCACAUCCACAACUGGCAUGAUGACUCCCACGACAUCUAUCAGAAGCAACUCGACCACCCGUGAAGUCCAAGAUUCAGCACCUAUCUUGUUGGAAGUGGAUUGUCGCACCCCGGAUCACAGCUACAACCGCGAAUGGAAGCAGCUGCAGAUCAACAUGCGAAGGAACAUGCCUUUCGGACAGCUUGUUGCGUUGCUCAGAACCAAGUUCCCGAGGACAGAAAACCAUCGCCUGCGCUUGGUCGCCGACCACUACGCCCUUUCAGAAUGGAGAAUCAUCUUCGACGGCGACACGCCUGAUUCCUUAAAACUCUCCGACUGCGCAAAGCUCAAGUUUGUGCCCCUGAAAGGCAUCGAGGCUAUCGACAUGUCGAUCUUCUGA